CUUGAUAAUAAGGUGUACAUUGUUUACUCAGAGGUUUAUGGACGACAGAAAGGAAAAGAAAAUGGAAGCUCUCUGCAAGGAACUGUCAUGUCCAGUGUGCUUGGACCUCUUCACCCCACCAGUCAUAGAGUUGCCGUGCGGACAUAAUUACUGCAAAAAGUGCUUAAAAGAGACAGUUGUCGCUCAAAAAUCUACUGAACCAAACCACAAAUUUCCCUGUCCAAUGUGCAGAAAGACAUUUGCUCUGGAUCAAAAAGGAAUCAAUGGAAUGAAAAGGAAUAUGUUUGCUGAGAAUGUUCUGGAUAAAGUUAAAGAGGGAAAGAUUCUGGAAAAUAAGGAGGCAAAUGUGCCAAAGACACAAAUGUGCCCUGAGCAUAAUGAAAAUAUGUCACUGAUAUGUCUUGAGGAAAAUACACUUAUUUGCAGCUCCUGCAAGCUUUUUGGAGAUCACAGCACUCACACAGUGUCCAGAAUAUCUGAUGUGUAUGAACAGAGAAAGAAGGGCUUUAUUCAACUGAUGAAGAGUCUGGAAGACAAACUGAACGUCAAUGCAAAACACAUUGAGAAUUUGGAGCAGCAAAAAGGGGAUCUGCAUUCAAACACCAAGGAUAUUGAGGGAUUUCUUCAAAAACUUGGCAAUAGCAUGAUCAAGGAGAUCCAGAAGAAAGUGGCUAAUAUGAUUCUCAAGGUUCACACCGAGUACUCCAUAAGAUGCAAAAGUUUAGAGGAUGGCAAGGAAGAGCUUAGUGUUCCUCAGGAGAUCUAUGCAGAAAUGAAGAAGCACCUAGAUGUCAACAAAUGCCCCACUGACUUCAUGAAACAAGAGAGAAGACUCUUCUAUGAGGCUGCGAAGAUUCUUGAUCCUAAAGAUCUGUCAGCCAACUACAGAGAAAAUAUUUCCCUUGGCAGGUAUGUGGAAGACCUCUUGAUGGGCAUAGAUUUCAAGAAGAUGGGCACUGUGAAAAGGAGCAGCUUUAUGAGGAAAAUAUCUCAAGAUCUGAAAGCAUGGAAAUCUGGCCGCACCAACUUUGACUUAACUGCCUACAGAAGUCUGGAUAUGAUGCUCAUUAAAACCACCUCUCUUGAGUCUGACUCUAACUGUGAUGAAGACUGCAGUUUGAGUUGGGAGAUCCAGAGCUCCUCUGACGAGGAGGAUAUAUAAAGACAAUAACAAAUUUGUCACUUACUUUUCAAUAACACAUUCAAUACAUAGAGCAGCAUAUUUUGUGAAUGGUCUCUGCUUGAUUUUUUAUUAUUACUAUACUGAUCAAAUUCCACAAACCACCUCAAAUGUGUGAUAUCUCUUAUGAAUGUGUACCCUCUGGUGUACACAGAAUUAAACGUUUCUGCCUAGUCAAAGUUUAAUGAAAGAUAUCUUGAAUUUUAUAUUAAGCUAAAUGACUUUGCAGAUCUCUGUAGUUAAAAGUGGACAUGGUGACCUCUACAGGGUUUUUUCCAUCUUAAAAUUAAAACUAAACUGGUU